UCUCUAAGAACUCCCUCAAAAUUCUCCUUACAUCUCUAUCUUUUCACUAAAUGCUCGUCACCCCAUGGGGUCGAGAAUUCAAAGCUCGAAUGGAGGUGGUGUCUCUGAAUUGUGGGAGUUGCCAUCCAUUCUUAAGACAUCUUUCUUUGCAAAGGGUUAUUAUGUUGCUGGUUCUUUGUAGAAUAUGGAGGUAUCGAAAUAUGAAAAGUGUUUUCGUUAGCGCCUAAGGAUCAUAGAGUGGUACAAUAGAGGAGUUUUGAUUCAUGGUGUUUGUUCAAAGUUGUCUUCGGACGGGGUUGUUACUACAGUUCAAGAAUAUGCUAGGAUGUGGUUUAACCUCCUUUAUAUUAAACUAUCAUUGAAUCAGGGGUGUAUUGCAAUAGUGUAAUUAAUGCUUAAGAGGUAAGAGAAAUGAUUGGAACCAUACUUAGAUUUUUAUUUUUUGUUGUUUCUCUUUCUAAUACAUUAAUGUUUGGGCU